GAAAAAGAUAAAAUCCAAGCAAUUUUAGAAUUUACUUCGAGUUACGGGCUGCGGUCUGCUAAAUUUGAGACUAGUGUGUAAUUGUAUUAAAUAACCUCUAUAAAUUUAGGUACAGGAGAAAUAAAAACGUAUUGAGUCGAAAUAAAGAUGGGAGAGGAUAAACCUGUAGACCCCACUGUAGGAGGAGAUGAACCUUCUAAGAAAGCUCUUAAGAAGCAACAGAAAGAGGCAGAGAAGGCAGCAAAGAAAGCUGAACGUAAAGCUCAAAAUCAAGCGCAACAAAAUGUGAACGAAGAAGAAGAUCUGUCGGUUGGAAACUAUGGAGAUACAGGAUUGAUACAAAGUAAAGAGAAAAAUCCAGAGAGAAUAUUUACUGAUGUUAAAAAUUUAGUACCAGGUUUGGAAAAUCAAACUGUAUGGGUAAGAGGACGUUUACAUACUAGUCGUGCUAAAGGCAAACAAUGUUUUAUUGUUCUAAGACAGCAGUCAUACACUGUACAGGGGUUAGCUGCAGUAAAUGAAAAGAUCAGUAAGCAGAUGAUCAAGUUUAUAUCGAAUAUUACCAAAGAAUCCAUUGUGGACGUAGAGGCAGUUGUGAAACGUGUACCUUCUAAAAUUGAAUCAUGUACACAGAAUGAUGUAGAGGUUCACGUUGAAAAAAUAUUUGUUGUAAGCGCUGCAAAACCACAAUUACCUUUACAAAUUGAAGAUGCCUCUAGGCCUGUGGGAGAAACGGACGACAAUGCUCUUAAUAUAAAAGUGAAUCAAGACACUAGAUUAGACAACAGAGUUUUGGAUUUAAGAACUCCAGCAAACCAGGCCAUAUAUAGAGUUGAAGCAGCUGUUUGUAAAUUAUUUAGACACAUCCUUACAAGUAAAGGUUUCGUCGAGAUUCAUACACCGAAAAUUAUAUCCGCGGCAAGCGAAGGCGGAGCAAACGUUUUCACAGUGUCAUAUUUUAAGGGAAACGCUUAUCUAGCUCAGUCUCCUCAGCUCUACAAGCAAAUGGCUAUAGCGGCUGAUUUCGACAAGGUUUUUACUGUAGGAGCAGUUUUUAGAGCUGAAGAUUCUAACACGCACAGGCACUUAACAGAAUUCGUUGGUCUCGACUUAGAAAUGGCAUUUAAAUAUCAUUAUCACGAAGUAGUCGAUACUAUCGGACAGUUAUUUACAGAGAUGUUUAAAGGUCUUCGCGAUAAUUAUGCUGCUGAUAUCGAGGCUGUACGUCAACAAUACAAUGUAGAGCCUUUCGAAUUCUUAGACCCACCCCUGAUAUUAGAAUUCAGCGACGCGAUUAAAUUAUUGGCGGAAGCUGGAGUAACUUUGGGCGAAGAAGACGAUUUGUCUACUCCAGAUGAAAAACUGCUGGGUAAACUUGUAAAGGCAAAGUACGACACCGACUUUUACAUUUUAGACAAGUAUCCAUUGGCAGUAAGACCGUUCUACACUAUGCCAGAUCCGAACAAUCCGAAAACAUCGAAUUCUUACGACAUGUUUAUGCGCGGCGAAGAAAUUAUUUCUGGCGCGCAACGUAUACACGAUCCUGAACUUUUAACGGAACGCGCGAAACAUCAUGGAAUUGACUUGGAAAAGAUCAAAGCCUACAUCGACGCGUUCAGGUAUGGUUGCCCUCCUCAUGCCGGUGGCGGAAUUGGCUUAGAGCGUGUCGUUAUGUUGUACCUUGGUUUAGACAACAUCAGAAAAGUUUCAAUGUUCCCUCGUGAUCCUAAACGUCUUACACCUUAAAUAUUAAGUUUUUCCGCGCUAUGAUCUAUAUACUGAAAUGACGUGUGGAAUUAUGAGAGUGGUUAGUAAAUUUGAAAAAUUUCUAAACACUAUGCGACAGGGAAACAGAUCGAUAAAACACUUUGAUUAUGCUUUUACAUUAUUCAUAUGUAUCAUACACAUGUACGAUUAUUAAUACACUGUCGUGGCAAAAUAUAAUUUCAAAAGAAGAAUAUAUGUAUUUUUUCUUUUGUACCAUACUAUCGCUCAAUAAAAUUUUGGAAAAUCA